UGCUCCGCCGCCUAUCUUCAGAAGGACCCUAUCCCACGACGCUUUCUCAUACCAAAAUGACCGUUGCCGAGUCGGUUAAGAGUGCCGUUGGACUGGCGGAUACUCCCGCCACCCGCCAGGAGAUGUCCGAUGCUCGUCUGCCUAUUCAGUACCGCGACUCUUGUGGGCACCUCCUCAUCCCAUUGAACCGAUGCCGGCAGCAGGAGUACUACCUUCCUUGGAAGUGCGAGGAUGAGAGACACAGCUACGAGAAGUGCCAGUAUGAAGAAUUCAAGAAGCGUGUUGCCAAGAUGGACGAGCUGCGAGCUGCUAAGAACGGUGCCCGCAGCAAUUGAUACCAAACAGAUCGGCUUAUGCAUUUGAUAUGGACGAAGCAGCAGGUUAUGUACAUAAAGUUCUGAGAUUGAUUGAUCAUGCACCGACUUUGGCGUUCGGAUUGAGAAUAAGCUUGCCGAUACCAUCCCUUUGUGUCUCGGACUCACAAGGCUAGUACCUUGUCUGUAGUACAUGAAACGAUCAUCUCUCGGUGUGAUACGGACCCAGUGCUUCCAUCCC